GAGGCUCCUUCUGUUCCUUCUCUUUCUCUUCCUCCUCCUUCUUUUCCUCCUCCUCCUCCUCCUGCUCCUCCUCCUCCGCCGGGCCCGCCCCGUGUCCCGCAGCGCGAGUGACCCGCGGGGCCCACGAGCUGGGAGCAGGAUGGUCCACGCCGAGGCCUUCUCGCGGCCCCUGAGCCGGAACGAGGUGGUGGGACUGAUCUUCCGCCUCACCAUCUUCGGGGCCGUCACCUAUUUCACCAUCAAGUGGAUGGUGGAUGCCAUCGACCCCACCAGGAAGCAGAAAGUAGAGGCUCAGAAGCAGGCUGAAAAACUGAUGAAGCAAAUUGGAGUGAAAAAUGUCAAGCUGACAGAAUAUGAAAUGAGCAUCGCUGCACAUCUCGUGGACCCGCUCAGUAUGCAUGUCACCUGGAGUGAUAUUGCAGGCUUGGAUGAUGUCAUUACAGAUCUGAAAGACACUGUCAUUUUGCCCAUCAAGAAGAAAUACCUGUUCGGGAAUUCCAGGCUCUUGCAGCCCCCAAAAGGAGUCCUUCUCUACGGUCCCCCUGGCUGUGGCAAAACCCUGAUUGCCAAAGCCACAGCCAAGGAAGCAGGUUGCAGAUUUAUCAACCUCCAGCCUUCCACGCUGACAGACAAGUGGUAUGGAGAGUCCCAAAAACUGGCUGCUGCCGUCUUCUCCCUGGCUGUAAAGCUCCAACCAUCCAUCAUCUUCAUUGAUGAAAUAGAUUCCUUCCUACGGAACCGGUCGAGCACCGACCACGAAGCCACAGCCAUGAUGAAAGCUCAGUUCAUGAGCCUGUGGGAUGGGCUGGACACUGAUUAUAACUGCCAGGUGAUCGUGAUGGGAGCCACCAACCGCCCCCGGGACCUGGACUUGGCCAUCAUGAGGAGGAUGCCCACGCGCUUCCACAUCAACCAGCCCGCUCUGAAGCAAAGAGAAGCCAUCCUGAAGCUCAUUUUGAAAAAUGAAAAUGUGGACAGGCACGUGGAUCUGCUGCAGAUUGCCAAGGAGACCGACGGGUUCUCGGGCAGCGACCUGAAGGAGAUGUGCCGGGACGCGGCGCUGCUGUGCAUGCGGGAGUACGUCAACAGCGCCUGCGAGGAGGACACCCACGACGAGGCUGAAAUCCGGCCCAUGCAGCAGCAGGACCUCCACAGGGCCAUCGAGAAGAUGAGGAAAUCCAAGGAUAUGUCCAUGCAGAACCUGGCCAUGGAGAUUGUUUUUGAUUAAGCCCAGAGAGGCGCGUUUGCAGUUCCUGA